CUGCAGCGUGUGUGUGUGUCGGACUCUGCUUCGCUUAGGAGACGAGGGCGGAGCGCGCGGACUAAAAAUCGUGUGAGAAAAAGCGCCGCGGACAGACAGAAAAGCAAAGCCGCUCAACUGCGUGGAUCUCAGACUUUAUUGAUGAAUGGAUUCAGCGUGUUUCUCUCAUUCGCAACGCCAGACUUGCCACAUCAUGAACCCGGGUGGGCUUUUCCAAGAAAACGCGGAGCGGACAGCGCUGGCUACACAGACUAAGCCGGUUCGGGGAAAAUCAGAAAACCCUCGGACUGAACUGGCUCCACUUGUUCAAGACCCCAAGUCUGGAAGGUGUUACUGCAAAGGAAAACUGCUGGGAAAGGGUGGGUUUGCCCGAUGUUAUGAGAUGACUGACCUCGCCAACAAUAAAGUCUAUGCAGUGAAAGUUAUACCACAGAGUAGAGUUGCAAAACCACACCAGAGGGAGAAGAUCACCAAUGAAAUAGAGCUCCAUAAAUCACUUUAUCACAGACACAUAGUGAAGUUUUCACAUUAUUUUGAAGAUGGCGAAAACAUCUACAUAUUUUUGGAAAUCUGCAGUCGAAAGUCCUUGGCACACAUCUGGAAAGCACGGCAUACACUGACAGAACCUGAAGUCCGAUACUACCUCAGACAGAUCAUAUCAGGGCUGAAAUAUCUCCAUAACAAAGGCAUCCUUCAUAGAGACCUCAAGCUAGGGAACUUCUUUGUGAAUGACAAUAUGGAGUUAAAAAUCGGAGACUUUGGAUUAGCUGCCAGGCUUGAGCCAGUGGAACAAAGGAAAAGAACAAUCUGUGGCACUCCUAACUACCUGGCACCUGAAGUGUUAAACAGACAGGGGCAUGGACCCGAGUCAGAUGUGUGGUCGCUGGGCUGUGUCAUGUAUACUUUGCUAUGUGGAAAUCCUCCCUUUGAGACAUCUGAUCUGAAAGAGACUUACCGUUGCAUCAAGGAAGUGGAGUAUACCCUGCCUCAUUUUCUUUCGGCUCCGGCUCAGAAGCUCAUUGCAGGAAUUCUACAGCGUAGUCCGGCCGAUCGCCUCACAUUAGAGGAAAUUGUCAGCCAUGAGUUCUUUACCAAGGGCUAUACCCCUGAAAAGUUGCCCCCAAGUAGCUGUAUCAUGGUACCAGAGCUAAACCCUCCGAGUCCUGCCAGGAAAUUUUUCUCCAGGGUGGCAAAAAGUCUUUUUGGCAAAAAGUCAAAAGCUGAGAAAAAUCCUACAGAGGAAUGUGAUGACCUUUCAAAGCUGGUGACUGGCUUAGUGAAAACUUCUAUCAGUCGACAAAUGAGUUACAAGACUGUUGAAGGAAAUGAGGGAACUCCUCCCAGCGGUCAGCUUGCUAGUUCCAAUGCCACUCCAUUAAACACGCAAGCAGAAGAAGAAUCCCGAAAGUCAGCAUCUCGUUCUUUUAAAGGCCUCGUGGCAGGCAGCAGUGAAGCUUGUGAAGAUGGUCUAACUGCUACUGCUGUUGCUGAGUCUGCAAUAAAAGUUUUGAAAAGCUGCCUCUCUACAAUGAGCUCUGCAACCAAGAUCUCUUCAUGUUUAUCCAGGCCCAAGUCCUUUGUAUGGGUCACCAAAUGGGUUGAUUAUUCCAACAAAUAUGGAUUUGGCUACCAGCUAUCUAAUAAGAAUAUUGGGGUAUUGUUUAAUGAGGGCACACAUUUGAGCCUUUGUGACAACCGCAGAACUGUCCAUUAUUACUUGACCAACAGCAAACAUUUUACUUUCUCGGCUUCUGCUGUACCAGAACAGCUGCUUAACCAAAUGCAGAUUGUUGAAUAUGUGGCCAACUAUAUGGAACAGAAUCUUAUGGAGGGAGGUGACCUCCAGUGUCAUGGAGACAAAGCCUCUUCAAAUCUACUGUUGCUUCAGUGGGUCAAAACUGACCAUGCCUUGGUGAUGCUCUUUAGCAAUGGUACAUUACAGGUCAACUUCUACAAUGAUCACACCAAAAUUAUCUUGUGUAAAACUGAAGAUUCAUACUUGCUUACUUACAUCAACAAGGAACGGGUAGCCUUCACAUACAAGAUGAGUACUCUGGCUACAGAAGGCUGCUCCCCUGAGUUGUGGCACCGACUCAAGUACCUCUUACAUCUUCUGCAGCACAGAGCUGACGCCUAGGCUGACUGAAGAGUGUCCAGUGCAGGGAUGACUCCUGGAUUGUGCUCCUUCCCCAUUCUCCCAGUCUUUGCUAUUCCAUUCUUUUGCUUCGUCAAUGGAGCGACCAUCAUGGCUAGUGUCUGGCCACUUGGACUAUGGUGCAAAUCAGUUUUAGUUUUUUUUUUUUUUUAAAUUUUCAGAUAGUAAUUACUGUCUGCACGAUCACUACUGUCUUUCCUGAUGUGCACACAUCUAAAAUCCUCUGUUCUUCCCAUCGUUGUGAAUGAAGACCCUUUUGAGCCAGGCACUUGAGUACAUGCUGAACAUUAACAAAUCUUCCUGGUCACCAAGAUUUGGUUUAUCUUCAAACUUUAAUUUUUAUGUGCAAGGUCAUUAGUUUUAUAAGAGCAAAUGACUUCACAUGACUGGCAGAUUGGGUUUACAUUUGCACAACAAAUUAUUUUAAAUGUAUAUGUACCUUUUUUGAGAGACCGUAUUAUUGGAAAACGAGUAAUGCCUCCUUACAAAAAUUAGGUGACCAAGGAGACUGCUAACAAAAGCUUUGUAAAUGAAUGUAAAUGGAAAAAGUGCCUUUCAGUGAUAAGCCAUGUGCAUUAACACCAUGCGUCCUGCAUAACUGCUCAGCAAUGAUGGAAUACCACUUUAGGUCAAGGCUAGAAGAGGGCGAGGAUGAGCCAUAAUUGACAUAUCCAGCCUGCCUGCCACAAAGUUUAGACACGUUUCUGUCAGGGUAAACUGGGCAGUUAAUGUUUGAAUGUGCUAUGUGGAAACUUCUUACACUGGGGCUUUGAAGUUCUGCAGAUUGAUUUCAUGUUGUGGAUGAUCCAACUUGUGAAAUUUCUUUUCAUUUUUUUUUUUUUUUUUUGUGCCUGGCUCUUAUUUCACUGAUCUAAUCUUCUCCCACUUGGAAUGUGAUGUUAUCCAACUUUCAGUUUGUUGACUGGGAUAUAAAGAGGAAAUAUUAUUUAUUUUGCCCAUGAAUCAGUAGAAACGUUCAGCUGCAUUCAUACCGUAGGUUUGUAUAUUAAAGAAAUACAUAUUUAUUUUUAUUUAUCCACUUGUUUAUUUAUUAUGUUUUCAUGUACUACCACAUGGAAAAUGUUCUUUAAAUAAUGACCAACCCUUUUUAUGGUUACAAAUUAAAGUUUAUUAAAAAGGCUUCAUGCAGA